UUACCAUAUCAUAAUGGCGGUAGCCUGACCUGUUUUGAAUUUGGAACCGCUAUUCGAAGUUUAUACAGCCUUUAGGUGGUAAAAUGACACAUUUUAUUGGCGAAAACAGGAUAUAACUGAGCUGCGAUAAUGGACCGAAGCGAUUCUGUCGUGGGGGACGACUUGACGCUCCCUGUAGACAUCAACGGAAGCUGCAGACUGCCAGACUCGAUAAACGCUGGAGAGAAUUCUACAGACAGCAUGACAGCUCCAUUCCUCCCUGAUACGAUGUCACCCAUCAAAGCUCUCACCAUGAAGGACUAUGAGAAUCAAAUCACAGCUCUGAAGAAAGAAAACUUUAAUCUGAAGCUUCGGAUUUACUUCAUGGAGGAGCGUAUGCAACAGAAAUGUGACGACUCCACUGAAGACAUUUUCAAAACGAACAUUGAGCUGAAGGUGGAGUUGGAGUCUAUGAAGCGAGAGCUUGCAGAGAAACAGGAGCUUCUUGUAUCAGCAUCUAAAGCAUUGGAAAGUCUGGCUGGUCGAGAAUCAGGAGAACCCCAGCGUGUGAGAGACCAAGCUCAGAGGGAGAUGGAAGCACUUCGAGAUGCAUUCAAUAAAAGGAUAGCUGACCUGGAACAGUGUUUGCGAACUGCAGAGGAGGAAGUUGAGAACAUGGCAGCCAUUGCUGAACAGGAGAAGCUUAGGAGCAUAAACAUGGAGAAGCAGCUCCAAGUCCUCGCUCCUUCAGGUGCCUUUACACCUGCUGCUGUUCCAAAAACAAUCCAAGACCUGCAGCACACCCUGCAGGAGAAAGACAAUAUCAUUGAGCAACUUAAGAUUAACUUGAAGAACCAGGAAGCUUUGGUCCUUCAGAAAAGCAGCACAGACCAAGAGACAGAUGCACCAUCAGCUAAGCAGCUGUCGGAUCUUAUCGCAGAGAAAGAUCAGGAACUCAAGGCCCUGAAGGAGGCGCUACAUAAAGAGAAGGAUAAAACACAACCAGACCAGGAGUAACAUUAUGAGAUUAGAGUCCAUCAACAAAAUGCUUACUGAGGAGCUCAAUCAUAUAAAAAACACCAAUGAAAAUCUGACAAAAACAUUGGAAGAUUCUGAGAAUCAAAACAAGAGCCUGUCGGUUAAGUUAGAGGAGAAGGAGAAUGAACUAGACUCUGAGAAGAAAAAUGCAUUGAAGCGAGAUAAAACAAUCCAGGGCCUUACACAGGUCCUCGGAAAAAAGGAAAAAGAGAUUGAGGAACUUUGUCAGCAGAUUGAAGACAGAGAUGAUGCUUUGACCAAGGCUAGAGAGGCAGCACAUAAAGCCCAACUACAGAAAUAUCAGGGAGCUGAAGAGCACCAAAGCUUGUUGAUGGAAAAACAAACAGAGUUGGCUCAACUUCAAGGGGAGCACCAUGUCAAGAUUCUUGAAGCUCAAAAACUUCAACGUGGCCUGGACAGGAAAGAACAAGAGCUGGCUGACUUACAGCAAACCAAGGACCAGCUAGAGGUGGAACUGGAAGACCUGCAACAACAGAAGAAGAAAGGAGACAAAGCCCUAAAUGAUCUUAACAAUCAUCUGAAGAAGCUAAAUGGUGAGAUGAAGGAAAGGGAGAGUGCUCUUGAGCAGCAGUACCAGGAGCUGCUGGACCAGACAAAAAGAAAGCUGCAGACUCAUGAAGCCACCAUCCAGAGACUUACAACAACCCUGGCUGAUAAAGAGCAGCAGCUACAAGAGUACAUAAACAUGAUCAGAGACUUGGAGCAAAGCAAAAGUCCUGGCAGUAAUGACAGCAUGCUUAACAAACUGCGGCAAAGGCUGAAAGAAAAAGAAAAUGCUCUGGAGCAAGCACUGGAUGAGAAAUUUGCUGCUGUCGAGGAGAAAGACAACGAGAUUCACCAGCUGCAGCUGUUACUAAGAGAAAAGGAAAGGGACUUGGAUAGACUGAAUAAUUUACUCACUCAUAAUGAGGAAACCAUUAAUAAUUUCGACAGCGUAAUCAAGGAGAAGGAUGUGGAGCUGCAGCAUCUUGCAAACACUUUAAAGAACCUCCAGAGAGCCAAGCAAGAUGUAGAAGAUAACUUAAACAGAUCUCUGAGAGAGAAAGACUCUAUCAUCAACCAGCUGCAGCUCUCGUUGGAGGGAAAGUCAAAAGAUAUGGAAGAAAUGUCUGAAUCAAUGCUGAACCAGUCACAGACACGUGAACGGGACCUCGCUGAGCAAAUGGGCCAGAGGUUAAAGGUCACAGAGGCCAUGUUGGCUGAGGCUGUGAAAGCCAGAGAAAGACUAGUAGCUGACAAUGAGAGUGCCGUGGAAGGACUGUUGGCUACAAUUAGCAGCAAGGAUCAACUUCUUAAGGAGUCUGCUGAGCAUUUUAACCGCAUGCUGUCUGAACGUGCGCAAGAGAUUCAGGAACUGAAGAAGCAGCUGACUGAGAAGCAACAGGAGCUUGCUAAUGCCGAGAAGCAAAGCUCCUCAACAGCCCAGAAGAGUUAUUUAGAGACGUCAGAACUCAAAGCUCUUCUUGCAGAAAAAGACAGCCUCAUUGACAAGCUUCUGCAGCGUGGUCAGGAGAGGGACCAGUUCCUGGCAGAGAUGAGUCAGAAGGUGGAGCACGAUCAUGUUUUAGAGCUCAGACAAACCAUCCAGAUCAUGCAAGAACAGCUGGAUGAAAGGGAAGCUGAGCUGUCCAGGAGAAACAGUGAGGAUAAUCAGGAAAACUAUCUGCCUUCCAAGAAAACAGUUGUUGUCCUGAAGGAGGAGUUGGCACAGAAAACUGAAGCACUCAACAAAGCUCUGAAAAGAGAAAAUGAACUGAAGAUUUCUCUUGCUGACCUCCAGUCAUUACUGUCUGAGCUUGAGGGUCGCAGUGAAGGUCAGGCUGCUAACAUUGAGUCAUUGACUGCCACUUUGAAAACCAAGGAGGAAAUUAUCAAUGUUCUCCACCAGCGUCUCGGUCAGGGAGGUCACUGUCGAGCUGACAACAUCCAGGACUGUGUGAUUGGCUCUGGUGUAGAGAGGUCCUUACCGGAACUCCCUCAGAGAGAGAGAACGAUGAUAGGAGGAGAUAGCCAGCAAGAAACUGUACCCAGCUUUGUGGUCUUGCAGCAAGAGCAUGAAGCUCUGAACAGAGCCGUUAGAGCAGAACAGCAGCUCUACUCCAGCUUGGUUAGGACUGUGAAGGAGCAGGACAGUGCUCAGCGUCUUCACGCUCUGCAGCUGGAACUGACAGCUGUGCAGCUUCUCAGGCAGCAGCUAGAAGACAGCAUCAAAACUAAUGAGGAGCUGAGGGAUGACUUGGAGCGGGAGAUACAUAAGGCCAAACUCAGAGAAGGUAUGGACCUGAUUGAUCCUAAAGAGCUGGAGAGCAUGAAACAUCAGCUUGAGGAUGCUCAGCGCUGGAACGCAUCCCUGCAGGCUCGCUUAGGAGCAAUACAGAACCGAGGAGGAGGUGUUGGUGGAGCUAAUGAUAGUAGUGAGACUUUGAGUUUCAUUGGAGAUCAGACCUCCUACAUGAGUAUCUGUGUGGGUGAAGGUGCAGAUGAUAGCUUGGCUCAACUUUCUGCUCAGGAGCUCAAACAGAAGGUGUUGGAGCUGCAGAGUUUAAACAGUGAGCUGCAGAGCAGGCUGUCACAAAUGGAGAAAUCAGAGCGGGAUGCUUGUGAAAAGGAAGGCAAAGAUCUAACAAGCAGAAGCCGGUACAAACAGCAGCUUGAUGAGAUGCAACCACUGACUCACAGUGACAGGGCACAUAUUCCUGAUCAGGAUAAGGAGAGCCAAACAGACAUGGACACAGGAGAGAUGACAUCUGGACACCUGAUGGGCGAUAACAACAUGAACAGUUGGCUCACAAACCUCACGGACACCAAAGAAAACACAGACUUACUGCCACUUCACUCUUUGCUUACAGAUUGUGGCUCCACCUCAGUAGUAGAGCUAAGAGAGGAGCUGCUGCGGCUUAGAUCAGAAACUGCACAGCUGCAGGGUCUCCUUAAAGAACAGAAAUCGGCCGAGUGCAAAGAGAAAGAAAGCACAGAUAUUUCAGGGAACAGCAGCGAUGAACAGGCCGAAUUGAGGAAGAGUUUGGAAACACUGCAAGCUAAACCUAAUCACAGUUUUAAGGACACCAAACUAUUAAAGGAAAGGACAGAAAAGAAGUCAAAUGAUGUGUCAGAUGGAGAGACUCCUUUAACUUCUGUCAGCGCUGCAGAUGAGAUGGAGAGUCCCAAACAUCAGUGUCAGUCACAAGGCAAGAGGGCAAAGCAGCUUGUUACAAGACACAGGGCUGGCGUCAAAUCUCGCCUCCCUGUGCCUGUCAGGCCUAGAAUAGAAGGGAGCAUCAGCAGGCAGUCACUGAGCUAUGACCAGAUGCAAACUGAGACACAGCAGCAUCUUCAUCUUGAUAAUGACUUUGGUUCUGAUCAGGCGUUGCAAACAGACUCUGAUUCAGCACUAGAACUUCACACAUCCCCUUCCACCGCUCUGAGAUGUACUCAAACUAGCUGCAGUCCAGCAGGCUCUGACGGCGGCUCUGAAGCCAGAAUGUUAGAGGAUCGAACCCAAGGAGAGUCAGCUCUUCUCACUCAGCUUGAACUUCUCCACCAGGAGUGCCAGGAAAAGGAGGUCCUGAUCACCAAGAUGAGCGAGCAGCUUGCUGAUUUAGAAGAGCUCCAUGCUCAGCUUCAGGAAAAGGAGAGGCUGAACUGCCAGUACACAAAGGCUUUACAGGCUGCGCAGUCCACCAUCGCUUACCUGACCGCCUGCAGUCUGGACAACCAGGGUGGGUUUGGUUCACACGCAGGCUCAGGUGGCUCUGUUGCAGAGCUCCACAGUAGAUGCAUGGAGCUGCAGAGCGCUCUACAGGAGAAAGAGGAGCUCAACAGCCAGCUUAUUGAGCUCCUGAACAUGGCAGAGAAGGCCAUCACCACAUCUCACAGCCAAAAUAUGGAACCUGAAGCUAGAGAUCUUUGUUUAAGAAUAGAGAGUGCUUUGCACCAGGGAGGUGCGUCUUCAAACACAGAUAGCCCAAGGUUAGCUGAGGAGUCACUGCAUGAACUGCAGCGACACGCAGACUCUUUGCAAGAAGCUCUUUUGGAACAGAGCAGGCUCAAUGCAGAGCUUCAGGAACAGCUGAGGGCUGCAAAUACUGCUGCACAACAUGGCCACAUGAGUGACGGUGUUCCCCUAAAUGGCACCACCUCGAGGCAGAGAGCAGCAACAGCAGAGUUGAUUGACGAGGAGGAAACUGAGGAACACCCUGGUACAACAAGAAGUUUUGAUGACACUAGUUUAAAUCAACAGUUCAGUGUUUUAAUGAACUGCUUCAGUGCAGCAGAGUCUGUCGUCGCCUCUUUAGCAGCUCACUGUGCUGAUAAUGGCUCACAGACCUCUGAUAAGUCUGUGGAAAUCAGCCCCGACCUGCAGACACAUUUGCACAAUCUACAGAGUGUCCUCCUCAAACGAAGCCAACUGGCUGAUCCUGCUCACCCAAAAAUUAAACCUGAAGGAAGUCUCACCGAUUUAACCGAACCUGAAGGGCUGAAGCUCCAUCAGGAUCUCUGUCUCCUCUACAAGGCUUUCAGGCGUCACUCUCAGAGGAUAGCUGAUCUCCAGGCUGGCUUGCAGGAGGAGAAGGCCCACAGAAGGGAGAGUGAGGGCCGCAGGACAGCUCAGGAUGCCAAGGGAUUACCACCAAAUGUUCAGCUCCAACUGGAGACUUUACAUAAAGCUCUGAGGGAGAAAAAGAAAGCCUGUAAAACUCUAGAGGAGAAACUGGCAACUGCUCUUACCAAAACGCCCUCUCCUGAAACUGCACGAAAAGCUCCUGAGCAGGGAGACAAAAGCGUGCAGGUGGAUUUGCAGGACCUGGGUUACGAGACCAGUGGAAAGAGUGAGAACGAUAGGGAAGAGAGCAGUAGCACAGAUCUAGAGGUGGGUGUCAACCCUAGCUGCAGUCCGUUCAGUCUGCCUACACUGCUGAAACACGAACAUGCUGCCUUCUCCUCGACUGAAAACUUGGACUCAACCUCCAGCACUCCGUACCCGAGUUCCCCAGCUCUCAGCUCGGCUAAGGCCAGUCUGAAAGGCCUGCAGGUGUAUGAUGAGUUUGGUGUUUCAGAGGACCCUCUUCAGCUUCAGGCACAAGUCAGAGAGCUGAAAGGCCAGCUUGAAAACCAGACCAAGCUCGUUCUUCAGAUGCAAAGUUUCCUGCGGAGGAGCUCCCUCUGCAGCGAUGCAGCGGCCAACACCUCUGAUCUGCUCAGCAUCAGGGAACAUGAAAUCACACAGAAAGUGAACCACAGCCCAGAGAAGAGCGGACAGCUCAGAAAGAGAAAUGAAGCAGAAAACCAGCCAAUGAAAGACAGAGCUACUCGUCUAGAUUUGGAUCUGGAUGAGGAGAAGACGCAGAACCAAAACACGAGCGAACAACUACAGCAGACACGCAGCCGUUCCACAUCACCUGCCAGACUGGACUCUCUGGUGCAGUCACAAGCCAGGGAGCUGUCUCAGCUGAGGCAGCAGAUCAAGGAGAGCCGACGGCUAGGUGUUCUGCAGCGUCGGCAGCUGGAGGAGCUGAACAAGGCCCUCAAAGACCUGCUGCACGCCAACGAAGUUGACCAUUACAUGGGGGAGGUUAUCAAAGGACAGCUGGACAAGAGUCUGAGCCUUCUGGACAGGCUGGAGGGACGACUGGACAAAGAGUCACACGUGGAAAAUGAGGACUCGGCAGCUCUUGAACUGUCUCACAGACUGGCUAAAGAGCUGCAGGAGAAGAACCGACUCAUCCAGAGCCUUCAGAGUCAGAUCAGAGGCCGGAGUCCCAGCAGCCACCACAGUUCUCACUCUGAUCUGUUCCACUCAGACCUAAUGUCUUCAUCCUGUCGCAGCAGCCCCUCCACACUAGGUGGCAGUCAUGCACACAGCCACCAGAACCCUGCUGAUAGGAUGGGAGCAGCUGAACCUCCUGUAGGAGGAGCUCAGGAGAAAGGUGCGCCCGGUCACAGAGACACUGCCAGCAGACUGCAAGGCCUUCAGAGAGAGAACGGACGCCUGCAGGAGCAGCUCAGAGGCAGCGAGGAGCUCAACGCCACCCUGCGCAGCGAGCUGGACCUGCAUCGCUCAAUUAUGGCCCAGGCCAGUUCUCACCACCAGGAGCAGGAACAAGGCCGUGACCAGGAGGUCUCAGGGUCUCAACCAGCAGCACAGAAACAAGACGCAGACAUUAGCUCCCCACAGAAAGCAGGAGAACAGCCUCACAUGAUGGAUUCAGGCCUGCUGGCAGAACAUCUGCAGGAGAUCAGAGCUUUACGACAGCGCCUUGAAGAAAGCAUUCGCACCAACGACCGACUGAGGGAACAGCUGGAGAGGAGACUGGCUGAGGUGGAGAAAGACCCAGCAGCUACAAACAUUUUUAUUCACGGCAACGAGGAGCAGGGUCAGCUGGUUAACGAGGUGCGAUAUCUCUGGGAGCAAAACCAAACCCUGAAGGAGCAGCUCAACACCGGAUCUCGAGACAAGCAGAAGGAGAACGAGAAGCUCCGGGAGACUCUGGCCAGGCGGACGGCCAAACUGGAGCAGAGCAGGAAGGAGUGUGAAGCUCUGAAACAGGAAAACACUCGACUGCAGGAGAGACUGGAGCGGUGCAGCCAGGAAAACUCCCUGCUGCAGACUUCUUUAUGUUCCAGCAGAGAAGAGCUACAAAGGUUGCAGGGUGAGGUGAAGCUCCAGAGGCAGCAGCUUUCUGACUCCCACCAUCUGCUCCAGUCACUGCGAGUGGAGCUGCAGGUUUAUGAAAAGAUGAAGAAUGAGUCAAACGUUAAUAAUAGCUCUACUGAAACGAGCCAGCAGCCUGUCCCCUCGCCUUCCUCCGGCUCCGUGGACCUCAGCGAGCUGCUGUCAGAGAUCAGACACCUGAGGCUGCAGCUGGAGAGGAGCAUCCAGACCAACACAGCUCUGCGGCAAAAACUGGAGGAGCAGCUGCUCCGAGGACCCAACCGCUCGGAGACGAUCAACAUCAACUACCUGCUGUCCUCUCCAGAUGAAGGAGGCAGGUCACCGGGUCGUGAAGGCGGCGAUCCUCUACGCCACUCGUUCCAGAGUCACCACGUGCAUGCAAGCGUCCUCCACGGUGUGGAGCGCUGCACACAUUCGGAGGUGGACGGUGACUCGGUGCGCAGCAGCUCUUGUGACAGCGCCUCAGCUGCUCCCUCUCGGCUCGUCCCUGGCCACCGGAUGUGGGCCAAUCGCAACGGGCGCCACGUUCUGGGCCUGAUCGAGGACUACAACGCCCUCCGCAAGCAGAUCUCAGAGGGUGGUAAACUGUCCCGCAGCAUGGACUCUCAGCUGCAGGAGUGUUUGCUCACCCUCCGACAACAGAGCUCUGAGCAUGAGGUGAUAGACAGGCAACAUCUGACAAGUUUAUCCAGCAGCACAAACACCAUGCAGCAAGUGUUAGAGGAGGCUGGCCGCCUGCUCAAACUGCUGUGGAGAGUCUCUCUGCCAGCCGCUCACAACGAGUGCAGCGGCAGCAACCAGCAGGACGAGCUGCUGAAAAACGAGAUAACCAGACUGAAGAACCGGCUGUCCCAGCAGGAGAGGAUGCUGAGCGGAGCCGUUAAACGUCUGCGAACCACCAACCUGCUCAAAGAGGGAAUGGAGAAAGUCAUCAUAGACCAGCUGUCUUUGACCCACGGAGUGUUGAAGAAAGCCAGGGGGAAUUUAGAGACAAAUUACUGUAGCCUUGGUCUGAAAGGCCUGUCUGGAGGACCAGGAGAAGGAGGUUCCAGUCAACGGUCAGUAGCAGACACUACCUGCACACAGCCUGAGUAGAAGCUUCUACAAACAGGAGGAAGUUGUGCAUCUUUGCAAGUAAACCUUCAGGUUUAACACUCAGUCCUGCCUUAGAUAAUGUUGCUCCUUUAAAUGUUAUCCUGCUCUGCUGUAGAAUUGUCACUUUGUCCAUGAAAGAGAAAAAAAAAAAGCCUUUCUUGUAUCCUAAUUGCACAUCCAGGGUUUUUAGUUUUGGUACUAAACUUGUAAGUUUGUUUUAAAGAAAAUGCUUUUGUAAAUAGAAAUCCAUGCAAUUUAAAUACUUUCAUUUAUUAUUUUAUGUGAUGCAUAUAAGACUAUGAAAAUGUAUUUUAUAAUACAAGUUUUUAAUUUUGUUUUCACCUUUUGUAUAAGAUGGAGCUGUGAUAAAUUAUGUUCUGAUGCAGUAAAGUCUUUUAUGAAGAUGAA